AUGAAAGGCAUUUUUCUAGAUGCGUCUCAAAUUCGUGAAAUACAACUAUCUCCAACAGUCUUUACAAGGAUGCCAAAUCUAAGAUUUCUUAACUUCUACAACCCUCCAUACUCUUCAAAUGGCGAAUUUAGUCUUUCUCUACAUAGUCUUGAAUGCUUUCCUGAUGAUCUGAUCUAUCUUUCUUGGGAGUACUAUCCAUUGAAAUCUUUCCCAUCAAAUUUUAUGCCAGAAUGCCUUGUUGAACUAAGAUUACCUGAUAGCAGUGUUGAACAACUUUGGGAAGGAAUUAAGACUCUUGUGAAUUUAAGAGUAAUCGACCUUAAGAGAUGCAAGAAUCUGACUAAGAUCCCAGAUCUCUCACGAGCAAAAAAGUUGAAAAGACUGAGUGUAGAUGGUUGUGAAAGCUUGCUUGAACUUCCGUCCAUGAUUCAUCUGGUAUCUCUUGAACCUAACCUCCAUGUUAAUCUUUGUAGCAAUCUUAAGAAAUUUCCUGAGGUCCCACAGCAUUUGAAGAGCUUGAAGUUAACCAACAAUGCAAUAGAGGAAGUUCCCGAGUCAAUCAAGUUUCUUGAUCAACUUAUCCAUUUGGAUUUGAGUGGGUCAAUGAUUCAAACUCUACCUGACAGUAUGGUUGAGUUGAAAUCUCUUCGAUCACUUGAUCUCUCGGGCUGUUCAACUCUAGUGGAAUUUCCUACGAGCGUCAAACAGCUUCCCAGUACUCUAACGUCUCUUUAUUUACAAGGUUGCAAGAGCCUUAAGUCUGUACCAGUGCUUCCACUAGGUUUAACAGAAUUAAAUGUAUACGAUUGCCCAUCAUUGAAAAGUGUAUCGGGAGCACAACAAUUCCAAUAUACACCUUAUGGAGGAAUUUUUCUCAUACACCUCAUGCGAUUCGGUAAUUGCUUCAACUUGGAUCCAAAUGCUGUUGAGAUCAUUGUGGCUAAUACACUGCUCAAAAUUCAUUGCAUGGCAAAUAAAUGGGUAAAGAAGAAGCCAGGAAAUGAAUUUGUUGAAGCAAUUGUUGCUAGCUCUGAAAUUUCAGAAAGGUUCAAGUAUCAAAGCACGAAUUCUUCAAAAACUGUCAAGUUGCAUCCAGAUUGGCAGGGUGUUAGAUCCUGGGGCUUUGUUCCAUGUGUUGUGGUUGAUUGUGAUGAACAUGAUGUUGAGAUUAUUCGGAUUAUCUGCAAAUUUCGGUUAAAAACCAAAGGCGGUGAUUAUCGUCAUUUCAAAAGUAUAUGGGAAUAUUAUCGGGUGGAUGAUCAAGACCCCGAACGUUUUCAGUCCAAUCACGUCUUCAUUUGGUUUGAUGACAAUAUGCUUCAAGAAGACGAGAAUUAUGAGGAGGCCUCGUUUAAAUUCUACAUCGAAGGUCACUCUAACAACGGACGGUUCGAUCGUUUCAAGGUGAAGAAAUGUGGUGUUCAUAUAUUCUAUGGGAAUGCAGAAAGAAUAAUUAUCAACUCUGAGGGGCAAAUUGUUGUAAAAGACAACUCUCUUUGUGAAUUUGGGCAGAAGGUGAAAGAGAUUUCGAUGUAUUCAAAGAAAUAUCUUCUUUUGUAA